AUGUUGUCUGUCGCCGCUCAAGAUACCCAUCACUACCACCAGAGUCAACACCACCAGGCGUACCCCCCUCACUACCGCCCAAUGCCUCACCGUGAAGACACCCCCGUCAUGAGUGUUGCCGCGAGCAGCUCUCCUGCUCCGGGCAAGAACUCACAAGAUGCUGCGGUAGCCCAAGCUCUCGAGAUUGCUCGCGAGAGUCCGGACGGGGCCUCGGACCCUACUGUCAGCAAGAUUCUCGAGAGUGCUCUCUCUCAAAUCUGGGGCAAGGUCCAGGCCGAGCCCAACUCAUACGUCAUGACGAGGGACGAGUUUGCCGUCUUCAACUUCUUCCAGCACCGUUUCAUCGGCGACAACGAUGCCGUCGAGGCUCGAAAACGAUACUGGGACAACUGCCAUGCUUGA